AUGGGACAAAUGCUGACGGGCGAGGCCUCGGUGGCUGAGUGGGCGCAGGAGAAGUGUGUGGAGCCGGUGAAAGGCCCGUGGACGCUGGAGGAGGAUGAGCGGGUGGUGGAGUUGGUGCGCAAGUUUGGCAAGAAGCACUGGUCGCUGAUCGCCAAGCACAUGCGCAGCCGCAACGGCAAGCAGUGCCGCGAGCGCUGGCUCAACCACCUCAACCCCAAAGUCAUCAAGAGCCGCUGGACGCCUGAGGAGGACCGCAUCAUCUGCCAGGCACAGCGCCUGCUAGGCAACCGCUGGGCACACAUUUCAAAGCUACUGCCUGGCAGGCCUGACAACGCCAUCAAAAACCGCUGGAACUCCACCCUGAAGAGGAAGGUGCAGAAGGAGACCCCUCGCAAGAUCCUCCACCGGCACCCAGACUCGGGCGUACACCGCACCACCUCCUCCAGCUCCUCCUCGUCCAGCUCGUCCUCGUCGGCCGCCUCCUCGUCCUCGUCUUCCGCCGGACAGGCGGCUUUCAAGGGCGACGCGGCUGGCGAGGAACACUUGAUGAGCACCGAGAUUCUCAACAUGCUGACCGACUGGAGCCCCGCCCACAGUGGCGAGCACAAGGACCGAGCCGCCGUCUUCUCUCGCUCGGAGGACCAUCUCAUGAACAGCGAAAUCCUCAACAUGCUGAGCGAAUGGAGCCCCUCCCACAGCCCCGAGCACAAUGCCCGAGCUGCCGUCGUGUCUCCCUCUGGGGUGUUGAGUCCGGGUGAUGGCGCGGAGGCUUCCUUCGAGGAGGAAAGCCUGGCGAGCGGCGGGCAUCAGGGGGGGGCGCCCCGGGCCUCGCACGGCCGCGCGGCGGACAGCGGCGAGUUACUAUGCUUCCCGCUGGUGGGUCAGGAAGUGUGGUGGUGUCUGCAGCCCACCGACGGCGCCGAUGUGGGCGAAACGCUGAGGAUCAAAAGCGAACCGUUUGAGGUGAGCGUUACACGUACCCGUCAAACUAAAAAAAUGGGCCAACCUCACCGAUGGGCACCAAACGGGUCGGGCCGCUGCAAUCAGCAAGCCUCUGAAACGAGCGUGGACUCAAGCGCUCUUUUACACGGCCAGUAA